AUGGAGCAACACUAUAAACACGUUUACCUUGAUGGUGGAAUUUCUGAUAAAGUACUGCAUUACACCCGCCAACACCCCAAACACCUCUUCGGGGCACCGCCACCGGAUUCUCAUAAACUGAUAUUAUUCUGGAAUAAAUACUUCAACUACGAUCAUCCAGAUCUGCGCGCCAAUUUCGCGGGAUGCGCUGUGCAAACGUGCACGACAACCAACGACCGUUCGCGGUUAAGUGCCAGCAGCGCCGUCGUUAUCCAUGCCGGCAACGUCGAAAUCCAGGAUCUUCCGCCGACGCGACAUCCCGCGCAGUACUUUGUCUUCUUUCACAUGGAAAACCCCUUCCGCACCACCCCCAAUUUCCGGUUGCCGUUGUGGCGCAACUACUUCAAUCUGACGUGGACGUACCGGCGGGAUUCGGAUGUGCGCUCGGUCAUCUAUGUGAAUUACUACGGCGGACGUAGUUUGUGGGAGGAUGCCACCGCGGAGCGGGGGAAGUUGGAGGAGAGGAAGAAUGCUGCGGCAUCAUUGGUAUCGCACUGCGCAGCGGAGAGCCACCGCGAUGACUAUAUUCGCAAGCUGGAGCGGUAUUUUCCGGUGGAUUCGCUGGGGAAGUGUGGUUCUAAGAACGGAGAGUGGACCCAGGAUGAAUCGAUCAUUCGGCACUAUAAAUUCUAUUUAGCCUUCGAGAACGGGUUCUGCAAAGACUACGUAACAGAAAAACCCUUGCGGGCAUUGUUUUAUGAUACCGUUCCGGUUGUGAUGGGCGCAGCUAAUUACAGCGCUAUUUUCCCACCAAAGUCUUUCAUCAAUACUGCCGAUUUUGGAUCGGCCCGUGAGCUGGGCGAAUACCUGAAGUAUGUCUCCCAAAAUGUGAGCGCGUACGAAGAGUAUUUUGCCUGGAAGUACAAUCCCAAAUAUCUGCACUUGCCGAAAGAUUAUCAGUCUAACCACAACGAUGCUUGCCAACUGUGCACGCACCUGCAUCGAGCGGAUGCGCCGGUGAAGUCAUAUGGCGACAUUUAUGAGUGGUGGAUGGAAAGGUCACAAUGUGUUAUACCAUUUAUGGCGUACCUGCGUCAUGCACGUCUUCCGGCCUUAAGACGAAUAGUCCGUUCGUCGUAUGCUCCUCCAAAUUGA